AUGCUGCUCUCGAGUCUUGGCAUCGCGGCGGCAAUCUGUGGCUGCCUGAGGCCGAGGCAGCUCAACCUGGAACGAGCACUAAACCAACCUUGGACGAACUUCCGACCUCCAGUUCAAUCUCUCCCAGCACCUCCAUCCACCUUGUAUCUUCCAACCUGUCCGCUCGUUCUACCAAUUGACCUUGGCGGAACGAUGCUUUCUCGACGCCUCGUGACCGGGCGGUUGGCCCAAACCGCCUCCAGCUAUGCCCAUCCCCGCGCUGCCUUUUCUCAAUUCAGAGCUCUUCGAGCUCAGGCCGAGGACGAUGACCCUCAUCUUAACGGAAACUACCCCAACCCUCCGGCCGUGAAGCGCCAAUUCCGCGACCCCAACGCCGACUGGUGGGAUAAGCAAGAAAGACGUAACUUCGGCGAGCCAGUGCACGAGGACAACGAUAUUCUGGGUGUUUUCAGCCCUGAGAAAUACACUCACGUCACAUCCAGCAAGGCACUCUUGUCGAUUGGAACCUUCGUUGUUGGCAUCCUCGGCCUCUGCGGGUUGGUCAGCCUGUACUAUCCUGACAAGCCAUCCGCUCCACGAACAUUCUCCAACGGACUCGAGAAAGAACUCGGUGGCCCAGGUGCAGUUCGCGCUCGCAAGUCCGGAGAGGAUACGUGGUGA